UACUUCGCACUUCUAGAUUUUUAUCCAUCUCUGCAUUUCAUGCCUCAACCAACCUGUCCUCCGGUUCCUAUCUACUUCAGUACAACCAUGACAUUCUAUUCCUGAAAGGAGAAAUCAUUGUGAGCAAUUUCAAAGAGUACAGAUAUUAUUCUUCUUGUUCACAAAUUUUGGGUGGAACAAAGGGAAUUUCACUUCCCAAUAUGCCACACAACAAAGAGAGAAACUUCUCAAGACUUUUUUUCUUUUUUUUUUUUUUUGGCUCAAAAUAAGAUGAGAUAGAACAGUACUUAGAAGAGUCAUCAUUACCAACUUCACCAUGCUAGGCAAUGCACUAACUUUCCUUCUCUUGUUUCUCACCUUUUCUCAGUUCCCAAACACAUAUUCUCUGAACCAAGAAGGUCUCUCCCUACUUUCAUGGCUUUCAACUUUCAAUUCCUCCCCUUCUGCUACACUUUUCUCUUCAUGGAAUCCGACACACAAAAAUCCAUGCACAUGGGAUUACAUCAAAUGUUCCACUAAUGGAUUUGUCUCAGAAAUCACAAUCAGUUCAAUCAACCUUCCUAUAAUCUUCCCAACACAGUUUAUCUCCUUAAGCCAUCUCACCACUCUUGUGCUCUCAAAUGCGAACCUGACCGGAGAGAUUCCAAGCUCAAUUGGAAAUCUGUCUUCACUUGUAACCUUAGACCUCAGUUUCAAUGCGCUAACAGGAAACAUCCCGGAGACCAUAGGAAAAUUAUCGAAACUAGAAUCCUUGUCACUGAAUUCGAAUUCUCUUAACGGUGAAAUUCCAGCGGCAAUCGGGAACUGCACGAAGAUUCAGAACCUUGAACUGUUUGACAACCAACUUUCUGGAAGGAUUCCUGCUGAGAUAGGCUGGUUGGAAGCGCUGGAAAUCUUUCGUGCCGGAGGCAAUCAAGGGAUCAACGGAGAAAUUCCAAUGCAGAUAUCAAACUGCAAGAAGCUACUUGUUUUGGGGCUUGCAGAUACCGGGGUUUCGGGGCAGAUUCCGAGUAGUUUAGGAGAGCUAACGAAUCUCAAGACUCUUUCGGUUUACACCGCAAAGCUCACAGGUAAUAUCCCACCAGAGAUUGGUAAUUGCUCGGCCUUAGAGAACUUGUUUCUGUAUGAAAACCAACUUUCUGGUGAGAUUCCUGGUGAGUUUGGUCCAAUGAAAAACCUCAAAAGAGUCUUGAUUUGGAAGAACAAUCUGACUGGAGUCAUACCAGAAACUCUUGGAAACUGUUCGGGUUUGAUGGUUAUAGACGUCUCAUUGAAUUUUCUUAGUGGAGGGAUUCCUGUUUCUCUUGUAAAUUUAGUAGCACUUGAAGAGCUUCUUUUGUCUGAAAACCAGAUUUCAGGAGAGAUACCAUCAUUUAUUGGCAAUUUUACCAAUUUGAAGCAACUUGAGUUGGACAACAACAAACUUUCUGGUGAGAUUCCACCCGCAAUCGGAGAACUAAAGGAACUUACUUUGUUCUUUGCUUGGCAGAACGAGCUCCGCGGAAGCAUACCAGCGGAGCUAGCCAACUGCAAGAAGCUUCAAGCGCUUGAUCUUUCGCGAAAUCUCCUCACCGGUCCAGUUCCAAACUCACUAUUCAACCUCAAGAAUUUAACUCAGUUGCUAUUAAUAUCAAACAUGAUUUCAGGUGGACUUCCAUCAAAUAUAGGAAACUGUGCAAGGCUAACACGUUUGAGGCUUGGAUCAAACAACUUCAGCGGAAAAAUUCCACCGCAAAUCGGGUACUUGCGUAGCUUGAGCUUUCUUGAACUAUCUGAAAACCGGUUCACCGGAGAAAUUCCUGCAGAAAUCGGAAACUGCACUCAGCUAGAAAUGGUUGACUUGCAUAGAAAUCAGCUCCAAGGAAAGAUUCCAUUGUCUUUUCAAUUCCUCUCUGCUCUUAACGUUUUAGACCUUUCUAUGAACAAAAUAGCUGGCAAUAUUCCUGAAAAUCUAGGCAAGCUUGCAUCUCUAAACAAACUGAUCAUCAGCGGAAACUUGAUCACCAGUAAAAUUCCGCAAUCGUUGGGACUCUGCAAGGAUUUGCAGUUGUUGGAUAUGAGCAACAACAAACUCAGAGGUUCAAUCCCGAAUGAGAUUGGUCUCUUGCAAGGUCUAGACAUUCUCCUAAACUUAAGCCGGAAUUCUCUCACAGGUCCAAUUCCAGAAAGUUUCUCAAAUCUCUCGAAGCUUGCCAACUUGGAUCUCUCUCACAAUCUGCUGAGUGGAAGCCUCAACCCGCUGAGUAGUUUGGACAAUCUUGUCUCUCUUGAUGUCUCAUACAAUGAUCUUUCCGGUUUCCUUCCCAACACUAAGUUCUUCAGAGAUCUUCCUUUAAGUGCGUUUGCCGGCAAUCAAAACCUCUGCGUCAGAAGAAACGAGUGUCACUUCAAUGACAAUUCGCAUAGAAGAUCCACUAGAACUCUUGUCGUUUCGAUUCUUCUGAGUUUAACUGCGAGUAUAUUGCUUGUGCUUGUUGGGAUAACUUCUUACCUCCGAGUAUGUGGAGGAAGGAGAAACGACGAAGAUGGUCUAGAUUGGGAUUUCACCCCGUUUCAAAAGCUGAACUUCUCAGUUACCGACAUCCUCACAAAGCUCUCGGAUUCAAAUAUUGUUGGAAAGGGCUGUUCGGGCAUUGUUUACUGCGUUGAGACCCCGACAAAGCAGGUUGUGGCAGUGAAGAAGCUCUGGCCUGUAAAUCACGGUGAGCUUCCAGAGAGAGACUUGUUUUCUGCAGAAGUUCGAACUCUGGGAUCGAUUAGGCACAAGAACAUAGUGAGGCUACUGGGAUGCUGCAAUAAUGGGAGAACUCGGCUGCUAUUGUUUGAUUACAUCAGUAAUGGGAGUUUGGCUAGUUUACUCCAUGAAAAGAGGAUGUUCUUGGACUGGGAUUCGAGAUACAAGAUCCUACUCGGAGCUGCUCAUGGCCUAGCUUAUCUUCAUCAUGAUUGUAUUCCUCCAAUUGUUCACCGUGACAUUAAGGCUAACAACAUCUUGAUAGGACCACAAUUUGAAGCUGUUCUAGCCGAUUUUGGCCUUGCAAAGCUCAUUAAUUCGUCGGAGUGUUCAAGAUCCUCAAGAACAGUGGCAGGUUCUUAUGGCUACAUUGCUCCGGAAUAUGGAUACAGCUUGAAGAUCACAGAGAAAAGUGAUGUGUAUAGCUAUGGAGUGGUGCUCUUGGAGGUCUUAACCGGGAAGCAACCAACGGAUGAUAGAAUCCCGGAUGGGGCCCACAUUGUGAGUUGGGUUAACAAGGAAUUCCGGGAAAGGAAAAGAGAGUUCACAACAUCAGUCCUUGAUCAGCAACUGAUAUUCAAAUGCGGCACACAAAUACAAGAGAUGCUUCAAGUGUUAGGAGUGGCUCUCCUUUGUGUUAAUCCGUCGCCGGAGGAACGACCCGCGAUGAAAGACGUCACGCUAAUGCUCAAGGAAAUUAGACACGUAAAUGAGGAUUGCCAAAAGCCAAAUAUUCUUGGGAAUGGAAUUGUGACAAGUUCAAGAGCAGAUCUUCACUGCUCUAGCUUCUCCAAGUCACCUGUACUCCAAUGAUCUCCUAAGAUUCAGCCUUUUGAGUUCAUUAUUGUUCUCGUUUAAAAUAUAUUUUGUAUAGAAUUGCCACCAUGUAAUAGCCAUAUUAUCCUUGUUUAACUAUGAUUAAUCUAUUGCUU